AUGGAGUCUAGAGCAUUGUGUCUGCUGAUGCUCUGCUGUUUUAUCGAUGUCUGCAACCUUCAUCCGCUCAUUCAUCCCAGUAAUGGACUUGGUGUGUGUCGUAAAAACUCAGGUUUGACAGCGCUGGAGGUUCUACCAGGUGGAGGCUGGGAUAACCUGCGCAACAUAGACAUGGGACGGGUGAUGAAUCUGAGCUAUUCCCAGUGUCAGACCACAGAAGACGGUGUCUAUCUCAUUCCAGAUGAAGUUUUUGUCAUACCACAGAAGGUGAGCGGAGUGGAAACACACUCAGAGAUCAUCAUGUCAUGGCUGAACCAGACAAGCUCUACGUCAAGCUCCAUUAAUGCUGAUGGUUCUUUCCUUUCUGCGCUUAACGGAAAAUACUCUGAAGAAAACAAACGCAUGAAAACCCACCAAGUGAAAGAUAAUUCUGUAACAUCACGGGUUCAAAUCCGUAACCGGCUGUACACAGUAAAGGCGUAUCCUGACUUCACUCUGGACUCCCGCUUCGCUCAACAGGCGGUGGAAAUCGCAGAUGCUAUUGAGAACAAUCAAACCCGUCUUGCAACUUACCUGUCAGAGAAACUCAUACUUGAUUAUGGUACCCAUGUCAUUACAAGUGUUGAUGCUGGUGCUACUUUGGUGCAAGAGGAUUAUUUAAAAAAGUCUUUUGUCUCCAGCAGUCAGUCCGAUAUGUCUUCUGUUUCUGCAUCAGCAGGCUUGAACUUUUUCCACAAACUUAAGUUUGAUAUUAGCAGCAAGGAAUCCCAAGAAAGUUCACAAACUCAGGGGUAUCAGAGUAACAUUGCAUAUUCUUUAAUUCAGAGCCAUGGUGGAGCUUUAUUCUACCCAGGCAUGACUCUGCAGAAGUGGCAAGAGAGUACGCUCAAUAAUCUGGUGGCUAUUGACCGCUCUGGACUGCCGCUGCACUAUUUUCUUAAUCCAUCCACAUUCCCAGACCUCCCAGCACUAACAGUUAAUAAAAUGGCUUCAUCAGUUCAGCAGGCUGCACUGAAAUACUAUAGGAUAAACAAACGUCCAGGGUGUGUAAAUCCAGAUUCCCCAAAUUUUAACUUCCAGGCAAACAUAGAUGAUGCUUCCUGUGAGGGUCCAGUCACCAAUCUUAGCUUUGGUGGAAUUUACCAACAAUGCACUUCACUGAUAGAUGGAGAUACUUUCUGUUAUGAGACAGCACAGACAAAUCCAGCAACUGGUGGUUAUUCAUGUCCUGGAGGAUUCUCAGGCGCCAUAUUAAAUUCUGAAAUACUGGAAAGUGUUUACACUGCUGAAUGCAUACCAAAUUUUCCAUUUUUCCAAUGUGUCUUUACCAAAAAAGCACGAAUUGACACCUACUGGUGUUUCUCAAAUGGGAAAAUCUCUGAGUACUCUGGAUAUCUGUUUGGAGGUCUGUUUGGACCAUUUUUACAAAACCCUCUGACCAAAUCCAAUAGCUGUCCUCCAAACUACUUUGCUCUAAAGUUCUUGUCUAAUGGCAUGAUGGUUUGUCUGAGCAAAGAUUAUGAGGCCGGAACAAGAUUCUCUGUGCCAUUUGGUGGUUUCUUCAGCUGCCAGUCUGGAAACCCUCUCUCCAAUGGUCAAUCUCGCUGUCCACCUCAGUUCAGCCAACAUCUUGCUGCCAUUAGUGAUGGCUGUGAGGUGCUGUACUGUGUCCAGUCUGGUGCGUUCACUGAGGGUCAGUUAAAUCCAAUCCGUCUCCCACCAUUCAUAAGAAAACCACUGGUUGGCAUGAAUGCGACAAAUACUGUAACUGUAAUGACAGAAGGUGAUCGUUCUUGGGUGAGAGAUGGAGAAAAUAAGAAGUGGCGACUGGCAAAGCCUGGUGAGGUUAACCGAAUGGAUAUAGUGUCCGAGUCUGACAUGUCAUCUUCUCAAAUGUCUGGAGGAGAAAUAGCUGGUGUAGCUGUUGGUGUGAUGGUUCUCAUUGCUCUUGUGGUUGCAGGAACUGUGUUUUUAAUGAAAAAAAGGCGAUCUUCUGGCCUCAGGGUGACCGGAGGUUAUCAAGAACUUUAA